UUCAUCCUCAGCCCUUCCUCUUAUGUAAUGCAACAUGGCUUCCAUGCAGAGAUUCGUGUGUCUUGUUACUGGUGCAGCAUCUGGUCUUGGUAAAGCCACAGCUCAAAGAUUAAUACGAAAUGGUGCUAGGGUUGUCAUAGCUGACCUACCUUCCAGUGAGGGGGAAGUCGUUGCUAAAGAACUUGGAGAAAAUUGCACAUUUUCCCCUACCGAUGUUACCUCAGAGGCAGAUGUCCAAAACACAAUUAAGGUGGCUAAUGAUAAGUAUGGUCCAUUGAAUGCUGCCGUUAACUGUGCAGGUAUUGGCAUAGCUGUCAAAGUGUUAUCCAAGGCUGGUGAAGCACAUCCUCUUGAUCAGUUUGAAAAAGUCAUAAAGGUGAAUACCACAGGAAGUUUCAAUGUAAUAAGGCUGGUUGCAGAACAGAUGGCAAAAAAUGAACCCACUGAGGGUGGUGAAAGGGGUGUAAUUGUCAACACUGCUAGUGUUGCAGCUUUUGAUGGGCAGAUGGGCCAGGCAGCAUACUCUGCAUCUAAGGGGGGUAUAGUUGGUAUGACUUUGCCGAUUGCAAGAGAUUUAGCAAGGCAUGGAAUAAGGGUGAAUACUAUUGCACCAGGUUUGUUCUUGACACCACUGCUUCUUAGUUUACCAGAGAAAGUAAGGAUAGCACUGGCUAAGACCAUUCCCUUUCCCAGUCGCCUGGGGGAUCCUGAAGAUUAUGCUCACCUUGUGCAGUGCAUCAUGGAAAAUCCUAUAAUGAAUGGGGAAACCAUCAGGAUUGACGGAGCACUAAGAAUGCAGCCUUGAGUAACCUGUCUGCCCUUUUAAAAAUGUAUUAUCCAUAUAUUUUGCUGGACUAUAGGGUAUUUAAUUAGGGUUUAUACAUGCUAUGAAUAUACUUUGUACUUUUUUGUACAAAAAGAGAUAUGAAUAAAAUUUCAAGAACCCUGGGAAGAUUUACAAAAAA